UGAGAGGCACAGCAUCGCGUUUCUGCCGGCAGUCAGUGGUGGCUUCCAGAGUCUGAGCAGGCUCCUUCACAGCCAUGGCUGAAGGCGGAGAAGGUGAAGACGAAAUCCAGUUCUUGAGAACUGAUGAUGAGGUGGUGCUCCAGUGUGUGGCCACCAUCCAGAAGGAGCAUCGCAAGUUUUGCCUGGCUGCCGAGGGACUGGGAAACCGUGUGUGUUAUCUGGAAUCCACUUCAGAAGCUAAGUAUGUUCCUCCAGACCUGUGUGUGUGUAACUUUGUGUUGGAGCAGUCCCUGUCGGUGCGGGCUCUGCAGGAGAUGCUGGCUAAGACUGGGUCGAACAGUGAAGGGAAGUUGAUUAAAAGGGCGGGUCAGGGGGGUGGACACCGGACCUUGCUCUACGGUCAUGCCAUCCUACUUCGCCACUCCUUCAGUGAUAUGUACCUGACCUGUUUGAAAACAUCGAGGUCUCUGACAGACAAGCUGUCAUUUGAUGUCGGCUUACAAGAAGAUUCGAUAGGAGAGGCCUGCUGGUGGACCAUCCACCCUGCGUCCAAGCAGAGAUCCGAGGGAGAGAAGGUCCGCAUCGGAGACGACCUGAUCCUAGUCAGCGUGUCCACAGAGAGAUACCUGCACCUCUCUAACGCCAAUGGACACGCCCAGGUGGACGCGUCCUUCAUGCAGACCCUGUGGAACGUCCAGCCCACCUGCUCUUCAGGCAACGUGGCUGUAGGUUAUUUGACUGGUGGACAUGUGAUGCGUCUUUGUCAUGGGCAUGAUGAGAGCUUGUCCAUCCCUGGAGCAAACAAGAGUGAUGAGGAGCAGAGGAUAGUCAACUAUGAAGCGGGGAAGGGAGCAUCAAGGGCUCGCUCUCUUUGGAGACUGGAGCCUCUCAGGAUCAGCUGGAGCGGCAGCCACAUCCGCUUCGGUCAGGCCUUCAGACUCCGCCACCUCGCGACCGGUCAUUACCUGGCCAUGACGGAGGACCCCGGACUGGUCCUGCAGGACAGGGAGAGGUCCGACACCACGGCCACUUCCUUCUGCUUCAGGCCCUCCAAGGAAAAAGGCGAGGUGGGCCCAAAGAGAGACAUCGAUGGCAUGGGGGUGCCGGAGAUCAAGUACGGAGACUCUAUGUGCUUCGUCAUGCACGUAGCGACGGGACUGUGGCUGUCCUACCUGGCGCCUGAUGCCAAAUCAUCUCGCCUGGGACCCCUGAAAAGAAGGGCCUGCCUGCACUCUGAGGGCCACAUGGACGACGGGCUCAUUCUGCAGCGCUGUCAGCAUGAGGAGUCUCGCGCUGCUCGCAUCAUCCGCAACAGCACAUUCCUCUUCGCCAACUUUAUCAAGGCUUUGGACAGCAUUGCGGAGGGCGAGUCCAAGGCGGUUGCGGGAUAUGUUGAAGAGGUGCUGCAGACGCUCAACGACCUGAUCGAGUAUUUCAAACAGCCCGAUUCAGAGCUGGAGCACGAGGAGAAGCAGUGUCUCCUCCGUUCACUCAUCAAACGCCAAGACCUCUUCAAAGAUGAGGGCAUGCUGUCCCUCCUGUCUAAAUGCAUUGACCGGAUGAACCUGUACAACAGCGCUGCCCACUUUGCAGAGGUGGCUGGGGAGAAGGCCGGCACAGCGUGGAAGGACAUCCUCAACCUCCUCUAUGAACUCCUGGCCGCACUGAUCCGUGGGAACAGGAACAACUGCACCCAAUUUUCCCGCAACUUGGACUGGUUGGUCAGCAAACUGGAGAGACUGGAAUCUUCAUCAGGGAUCCUGGAAGUCCUCCACUGUAUCCUGGUGGAAAGUCCAGAGGCUCUGAACAUCAUUCAGAGAGGUCACAUUCAAUCUAUAAUCUCCCUGCUUUAUAAGAAUGGACGCAACUACAAGAUUCUGGAUGUCCUCUGUUCCCUCUGUGUUUGUAACGGGGUUGCAGUGAGAGCCAAUCAGAAUCUGAUCUGUGACAACCUGCUUCCCAAGAGAGACCUGCUGCUUCAAACUCGACUCGUCAAUGAUGUUCAGAGUAUGAGGCCGAACAUCUUCCUGGGUGUGGCUGAAGGUUCAGCUCAGUAUAAGAAGUGGUAUUUUGAGCUGGUGAUCGACCAGGUGGACCACUUUGUAACCGGAGAGCCGACCCACCUGAGAGUGGGCUGGGCCAACACUAAAGGCUAUGCUCCGUACCCCGGGGGAGGAGAGGGGUGGGGCGGCACGGUGCUGGAGACGACCUGUACUCCUACAGCUUUGAUGGACUUCAUCUCUGGUCAGGCCGAAUCCCCAGGGCCGUGGCCUCCAUUAACCAGCACCUGCUGAACUCAGACGACGUGGUGAGCUGCUGUCUGGAUCUGGGCGCUCCCAGCAUGUCCUUCAGGAUCAACGGGCAGCCUGUCCAGGGCAUGUUCGAAGACUUCAACACCGACGGCUUCUUCUUCCCCGUCGUCAGCUUCUCUGCAGGUGUCAAGGUCCGUUCCUGUUGGGUGGACGUCACGGAGAUUUCAAGUUCCUGCCGCCCGCUGGUUACUCCCCCCUGCUACGAGGCGCUGCUGCCCAAAGAGAGAUGCAUGUGGAGCCUGUGAAGGACUACAAGAGGGACCAUGACGGGGUCCGUGACCUGCUGGGGACCACCAAGUUCCUCUCUCAGGCCUCCUUCAUCCCCACUCCUGUUGACACCAGCCAGAUUGUUCUUCCCCCUCACCUGGACAACGUCCGGGACAAGCUGGCAGAAAACAUCCACGAGCUGUGGGGGGAUGAACAAGAUCGAACUGGGCUGGACCUAUGGCAAGGU